AUGCUCUGGGGGUGGAGCUUAGGGAAGAGAGGGCGGAGCUAUCUCCUGCCCAGGAGUGGAGCUGGAAAAGAGAGGGCUGUGGCCUACGGCCCUGCCCACGACCCCUGGAGCCGGCUCCACCGCACGCCGCCCUCCUUCCCCACUGCCCCUGCCUGGCCCAAGGCCGCUGGCGACGGCCCCGACCGCCCCCACGACAAGGAGCCCGAGAAGCGCGAGGUGCCCGCCAUCAAGGACGAGAAGGACAGGGAUACGAUCUUCUCCCGGCACCCCCUGCGAGCUUCCCCAGCGCCCCCCAAGCCCCCGGCAGCCCUGGCACAUGAGGAGGCGGCAGCGGGCAGGACGGAGCUGGGCCGGGAGCUGCGCUACGGCAGCCCGGCAGGGGGCGGCGCCGCGCGCUCCCCCUACCUGCAGGCACAGCUGAAGAAGGAGGUGAAGGCCCCGCCCUCUGCCUCGCCAGCCCCGCCCCCUGGCGCCACUGCCGGGCUGCUCAGCGCCCCACCUCCCCUCAUCCCCGCGGCCGCCACGCCCACCGCCCGCUCUGCCUCGCCCCGGCGGCCCCCCGACGUCCGCGAUCUCGCUGCCGCCUACAAGGACCGGGAGUCCAGAUAA